CUUGAUGUCCACGUCGAUCGCUUUCACCCCUUCAUUCACCUCGUCUUCCUGUAAUAAGCGUCUCUUUUCAUCGUCUGGCAUUACCACUGCCACCCAUCAAGACGAGCCACCCUACAAGAAACAGUGCCGAAAAACGCCAAUGUCCGGACUUAGGAGAACGCACUCAUUCCUUUCGCUGACGGACUUGCCCCAGCAGCAGCAAGACCAACAACAGUCACCCUACCUACCACAGAGUAGAGGCAGGUGUUGUGAAAGGAAGAUGAGCAUAUCACCAGCAGGGAGGGACUUUCGAGCGUGUUUGGAGACGUCUAUUGCUUCGAGCCUUGCACCUAUAAGCCACCCGUAUAGUGGCAUUCAGCAGUCGCAGUCUUCAUCGCCAGAAUCGAUCCCGUCGAGCUCCUACUAUACCUCGGCGCCACGUGUCUCUUCUCCCUUGCGUCCUUCGCGGCCCCCUUCAUUCAUCUUUACUUCAUCUACCACUCCUCCUCGCAAAGGCAAGUGCGAGCCGGACCUCCAUCGCAUCGCCAUCCAAGCAUGCAUGCGUUCGACUUCCGACGGGCUAAAAGUCUUGACAAUGGGCCCCCGACUGGCCAUGAGCAUUGUGCAUGCGACAAGGGAGCUCGAACGCAUGGUUACGGAGCGCGGGCUGGAAAUCUUUGACAACAGGCAGGAGGAGGACAUUAUUAUGACUGACUCUACAGCAGAGCCGUGGAUCAACAUGGAGCGGACAAGCGAUGAUUGGGAAAUGGUCAAUUGCGACCUGUAGGCCCACCACAAGGCUCAACGCCGCUAGGCUGACUCUCGGACUCCUCGGAUACCUUCGUUUCCGUCUUUUUCAAGGAACAUUCAUCUGUACUAUUACACACAUCUCGGGUAUCAUUAUCUAUAUUGUUUUCUUACUGUUGUUGUAUACAUACCAAUUGCUACCUUGCAUAUUCAUCCUACUUACCCAACUAAUCCCACGAAUUUGUUACAAUAAUCAAAUAAGAAUUUGGACAUUACUGAAUCACAA